AUGGCUUCGGAGACGGAUAAUCGGGGCCCAGAGCUUCUGGCCGUCAACAUCACCUUCUUCAGCGCCGCCCUCGUAUCCAUAUUUCUACGAUGCUAUGUCCGCACGUUCAUGGUUCGGGCCUUUGGUAUCGAUGACUGGUUAAUGGUAGCCGGAACGGUUGGUCUUUUUACCUUGUACGCCGCAUUCUCCAGCACCGGCGUCAAAUAUGGCACCGGACAACACCACGCCAAUCUCGAAGACGAGAAUAUCAAGAAAGCCAUGAUGUGCUGGUGGUUCUGCUACCUUUGGUACAGUCUCGCCAUGGUCUCCUCUAAGCUCUCCAUCGGCUGGUUCCUCCUCCGCGUCACCACGACCAAACUCUACCGCUGGAUCAUCUUCAUCGCCAUGGGCUCGACCGCCUUUUCCGGCCUCGUCUUCUUCUUCGUCACCCUGUUCCAGUGUAACCCGAUCCCCUACUUUUGGAACAAGGACCUCGAGGGCAAGUGCGUCAACAUCGAAGUCGUCAUCGCGCUGGCCAUCCUCUACAGCGUCACGGCCGUCAUCUCCGAUUUCAUCUUUGCCAUUCUCCCGGCCGUUAUCGUGUGGCAGCUGCAGCUGCACAAGAGGACGAAACUUAUGUUGAUUCCCCUUUUAGCCAUGGGUUGCGUCGCGAGUUCCGCAGUCGUCGUCCGCUUUCCCUUUCUCCCGAAGUUCCGCGAACCCGACUUCCUCUGGAACACCCUGGACAUCGCCAUCUGGUCCACCAUCGAGCAAGGGCUCGCCAUCACAGCCGGCAGCCUAGCCACGCUACGACCGCUCAUCAAGCUGCUCGCCUUCAGGCUCGGCCUCACCACCAAGCCGAAAUCGAUGCGCCCGUCCGACUACGCCACGAAUUCUCGUCCCUUGGGGGUUCGAAAGGCGGUGGCCAUUUAUCCCGCGGCGAAGCGUAUAGCCUCUCCUCAGCCAACCGGUACGGCGUCCGAACCAACGUGUCUGUAG